AUGCCUUCUCCAUUCGGUGAUGCGCCCAAGGCGGCGUCCCUCCUGGACUUCCACCGCGUCAUGUCGCCUACUGCCGGAGUUCGCGUUUCUCCUCUUUGCUUGGGUGCCAUGAACUUUGGUGAUGCGUGGGAAGAGAUGAUGGGUAAGUGUGAUAAGAAGACUGUGUUCGAGAUCCUAGAUUUCUUCCACCAGCAAGGUGGUAACUUCAUCGACACCGCAAACAACUACCAGAACGAGGAGUCCGAGACCUGGAUCGGCGAGUGGAUGAAGGAUCGAGGCGUACGACACGAGAUGGUCGUAGCCACCAAGUUCACCACUUGCUUCCCCGAUCCAAACAACUCUCCUCGCCAACGUAUCAACUAUGCUGGUAACAGCACAAAGUCUCUCCGCGUUUCGCUUGAGGCAUCCCUCAAGAAGCUUCAGACUGAUUACAUCGACCUGCUGUACGUGCACUGGUGGGACUUUACAACAUCUAUCCCAGAAUUGAUGCAAUCCCUCAACGCCGUCGUCAACUCCGGAAAGGUUCUAUACCUUGGAAUCAGUGACACUCCUGCCUGGGUCGUCAGCAAGGCGAACGAAUACGCCCGUAACCACGGCCUGCGCGGCUUCAGCGUCUACCAAGGACGUUGGUCCGCAGCCGAACGUGAUUUCGAACGCGAGAUCAUUCCAAUGGCACGCGAAGAAGGCAUGGCGCUCUGCCCAUGGGGUGCUCUUGGUGGUGGUAACUUUACAUCCGAAGAGAAGCGCAAGAACAACGAGCAAGGCCGCAACUUUGGUCCCCCAUCUGAGAAGCAUGUCGCAAUCUCUAAGAAGCUAGAGGGUGUUGCCAACCAGAAGAAGACCCAAAUCACUAGCAUUGCGCUGGCAUACGUACGACACAAGUACCCCUUCGUGUACCCGAUCGUUGGCGGCCGCAAGAUCGAUCAUCUCAAGGGCAAUAUCGAGGCGCUUGAAAUCGAGCUAAGUGAGGAGGAGAUUGAUGAUAUCGACUCUGCUGUUCCCUUCGAUGUUGGCUUCCCCAUGAGCUUCUUGUUCGAGUUUGGCACCGGCCAGAAGUAUAAGAACACCAUGACUAGCUCAGACGUUGGCCUUCUGAGGCUACCCGACUACCCCGAUGCUGCACUACGCCUCAAUGGGUCCCUUCUCAGUGCUAUCGACCCUUCCACUCUCACACCAGAAGCUUCCGAAAUCAUAACUCCAGCAAUCGGUCUAGCGACAGUUCUCUACAGAUGGCACCCCAACGCUUUGGCAGCUUUCUUAGAUCUGGAUGCCUGGUUUUCCCUAACAUGGACGCUGAGCACUGCAGAAGGUACACCAGACGGCUCAAAAAUCGAAAUCGGUCGCAUAGGCAACCAAAUCACUUUCGGCAGUCUGGAUAGCAGUGGCGAUAACUGGACAUUGAUGCUUACCUACAAUAUCGUUCUAGAGGGCGAAAACAGAGGGAAGUGGAUACCAAAUCCCAAAGAGAGCAUGCUAGGUGAAAAAGACGUUACGGAUCCUGACGACAUUGAGAAGCUAGGCUAUGUCUGCACUAUGAGUAUGGAAGACAGAGGACAGGCAAUCAAGUUGUCAGAGAAGGGCGGACUGAUCAAGUGGGACGUGGAGAAGACUUACGCGAAAGAGGAGGGCGAGAUGAGCGCGAAUCCGAACUUUGAAAUCCCACAAGCGAAGCGUAGGAAAGCCGACUGA